UGCCAGUCUAAGGCUUGCCUGGCGUGGACCAAGGAAGCGCUCGCCGACAAGACGUACCUGACAACGAUGCAUGGUUUCCUAUGACCGCAUAACCCCACGCACUGUCCUUGGAAUAUGAUUUCUGGGGAUAUUUACGCUUUGCUGGCCGGCAUUCUUGGAGCCGUAGCUUCUUCUUCUGCUAAACUGUCCCUCGGGGCGGAUUACCUGAAAGACAUGUGUGACACAGGGAUGAAGAGAUGGACCACUGAGGACCACUGGAGCAGACACGCUGAGGAGGAAACCCCCUGUGACUGGCUCCACAUUCCUCUGCGCUUGAUGUGCGGAGGUCUGCUGUUCACCUGCAAUGCUGUGAUGUGGACGUUCUUCUCCAAGGCGCUUCGCCACUGCUCCUCUUCCGCCAGAGCCACAGUGACCACCACUGCAUCAAACUUUGUCUCUUCUGCGGUCCUAGGGAAAAUGAUUUUCGGAGAGACCCAUGCGGCUCUGUGGUGGGUAGGGAUCUCGCUCACCCUCUCCGGGCUGCUGGUGCUCCAUGAGUCCACGCCCCAGAUCGUAUCGCAGGAAGACGGCAAGAAAGACAAUUGAUGACACUUCCCAAAGAGAACACUGUUACAAUGUGAUCCCCUAGAGACCAAGCCAAAAGAGAAGGGUCAUCAAAGCACAAGGCUAAAAUGAUCAGCCGCAAUCUGAGCUUAAUCACAUUGUAUAAGGAUAUGUGUCAACGAACAUCAAGUACUACCAAAGCUAAAACGACUGCCUUGCAAUGACAUUAAAUCACACUAGUUGUGGGAACUUUUGUUCUAUAAUGUAUGUCUCUUUGCUGAUCCAUACAUAACUACAGGGAUAGGAUCAGAAUCACAAUCCUAUCUCCCAUGAAGAGCAUCGACCGUUUGACAUGCUCAAGCGCCGGUCCACUGUUACUAGAUAAGCUGUCAAAUAUAUACACAAUAAAUGUAAUAUAUGCGUGUGAAAAUGUUGCUCAUAUAUUAUGCAAUAUACAUUCACCUGUGUGUACGAAGAUCUGUAUUCACGUGCAUGCAUUCCAAUAAGCACUAUGGAAAGUAUUUUCUAUGCAAUACAAACUACUGCCAUUUACACCAUACAAAGAAUGUCACUGAUUUGAAUUCCUGAUCAAAUAAAUGUUUGCAUACAAUCAAGAA